AUGUCUCGCAGAACAAAUGACGAAGAUAUUUUACGUUAUUUAGAAAACAGUGACGAAGAAUUAGAUUAUUGCAGUGAUUCGUCAUUAGAUCCAUUCCACGCUAGUGAUGAAGAUGAUCCUGAUUAUGAAGUGCCUCAAGAUAAUCGACAUGAUUCAGGAAGUUCUGAUAAUGAAACAUUGGAAAAUAUAAAUAGAUUCAUUCAAUAUAGUCAGCCUCAACAUAUGCACGUUCUCGAGGAAUUAUUUUUACCGCAAAAUGAUUCAGACCAGAGAGAUUUUGACGACCUUCCUAUGAAUAUUGCAGUCACCAAAUCCCAUCGAAAAUCAGGGGCCGUCGGUGUCUGCAGUUUCAAUGGCUAUACUUGGAAGUAUUGCGGCGCCGACGAAACAAUAGAGAAUUUGGAUAAGCCUGGCAGUAUCGUUGUGAAAUUAUGUCGUAAUUUACUUGGUGCUAGUCGUUUGAUUGUCGCAGACAAUUUUUAUACUAGUUUUCCUCUAGCGACAUAUCUUUUAGCUAAUCAAACUGAUCUUUGUGGCACUCUAAGAAAAAAUAGAAAACAUCUACCGGAAUAUGUGAAAGCAAAAAAGCUUACAACGGGGUGA